AUGAGGUUCUGUCUCCUAGCUUUGACACUCUUUGCGCUGGUGGUCGCGGUGGCAGCGUGGACGAAGGAAGAUCAUGAAAUAUUUGACCUAGUGAGCGCAGUUCAGGCCGCCGAAGGCAAGGACACCACGUUCUAUUCGUGGCUUGGCGUGUCCUCUACUGCCUCUACGUCCGAGAUUGCAAAAGCGUAUCGGAAGAAAAGUAUUCAAAUGCAUCCAGACAAAAACCCAGGGGUGAAGAAUGCGCAAGACAGAUUCGCACGACUGGGCGUAAUUUCCAAGAUUCUAAGAGCCCCGGAGAGCCGGGAACGCUAUGACUUCUUCUACAAGAACGGUGUGCCGAAGUGGAGGGGUACCGGAUACUACUACUCUCGGUUCCGCCCUGGUCUCGGGACGGUAUUCGUCUUCUUGACGAUUCUGUCGUCGGCUCUGCAGUACCUCGUCCAACGCAUGAACUACAAACGCGAUCUAGCGCGCAUAGAACAGAUUAUCGGCGAGGCGCGUUCAGCGGCGUGGGGAUCGAAGAUGACACCUACUUCGGAAGGACAGAGAAAGGUGAAAGUAAAUCUCGGUGGAGGACGUCGGCUCGACGAGAAUGGUAACUUAGUGGGCGGAAAGAUGGUAGACAUGAUCGUAGAGGGAAACGACGUGUACAUUCUGGAACCGGACGGUAGUCUACUGCCUGUGGACAGUGAUACUGCGGUCCCACCGUCGAUUAGACGGACGUGGUUCGCCGCACUCGUCGCCGCACUCUACCGGAGAGUGGCAAACCGCGCGUCGACGGAAGCAGAGAAUGGGAUGGCGGAGCGCGGGGGGUUAGAUCCGGAAGGCAGCGAUGAUGGGUCCGCAGCAGCAUCGGAUACGCCAGGGAGUGGAGCGACUACGCCCAACUCGAAAGCGGCGAAAGACACUGCUGGGCUUGGGAAUGGAGGGCGGGCAGCCGCGGCGAUGGCGGGAGGGCGGAGACGGAAGGCAGUGAGGAAGCGGUAA